GUUCUGUAAGCAAUCAGCUACAACCGGAGCACGACGACACUGGGUCUGAGGGCGGAGCUAUCUGUCUUGCUUGGCGUUUCAUUGGCAGGAAAUCUGUCACCUUGCACAGGAAGUCAUUUGUAGAGGUGCAGAGACUACGAAGAGAUUCUCCACAUAGCUGUCAGCUCUUUUACAGGUGCUAGUCCAAAGCUGGGAUAGCAGGGUCAUCUUCUCCAUAUAGAAGGCUUCCCUUGGGCUUCCCAGGAUCUCUGCAAGCGGCUUGUUCUCCCUCUGGCAGCUCUUUCACCCAAAGCAGAAAUGUUGGAGAUACUGCAAGAGUUGCUGCGUGCUUCAGAGAAAGCUGCUUGCAUUGCUCGUGCUUGUAGGCAGGAGGAAACACUUUUUCAGCUUUUGAUAGAAGAAAAGAAAGAUGGAGAGAAAAAUAAAAAGUUUCUCACUGAUUUCAAAACAUUAGCUGAUGUCUUAGUCCAGGAAGUUAUAAGACAUGACAUGGGUGAAAAGUUUCCAGGUCUGGAAAAAAACAUUGCUGGAGAAGAAUCAAAUACUUUUACAAAUGAGCUUGGUGAAAAAGUUGUAGUUCAGAUCUGCCAGACAGAGGAAGAAACUGGCAAACUCCUACAGACUAUUCUUAAUAAUGAGGCUGCAGCUAAGGCACUAGCAAAAGCUGCCCAUGAGGAUGUGGAGCUGUCAGUACCUGCAGUAGACAAUGUUAUUCUGAACAUUCCUUAUAGUAAGAUUGGCAUGUGGGUGGAUCCUAUAGACUCAACUUACCAAUACAUAAAAGGGUUUGCAGAUACAAAAACAAAUAAUGGAAUUUACUCUAAGGGACUUCAGUGUGUGACAGUAUUGAUUGGAGUGUUUCUGACUGAUACAGGACUACCAAUUAUGGGUGUAAUUAAUCAGCCUUUUGCCACAAGGGACAAAGUUACCUUAAGAUGGAAAAGCCAUGUGUAUUGGGGAUUGUCUUACAUGGAUAUCAACAUCUGCUCGCUAAAUUUUUCCACCAGUGCAGGAACAAAUGAUGAGACAAACUACUGUACUUCAGACAAUGGCAGUGCAGCAAGAAAUUCGUACUCAGCUGUCACAAGCUCUGCUGAAGCAAAAGAUAUCCUAAACUCUCUGUCCAGAGUAUGUGGUAAAAAUGUAUAUUUUGCAGCUGGAGCUGGUUACAAAUGUCUUUGUGUAAUCCUGGGUUUAGUAGAUUUCUAUGUGUUUUCUGAAGACACCACUUUUAAGUGGGACUGCUGUGCUCCUCAUGCCAUCCUGAAAUCUCUUGGUGGGGGUAUUUUGGACCUUUCGGAGUAUCUAGAGUCUAUAAGGCAGAGGAAAAGUUUUUCAGAGAGACCUCAUCUUGUUUACAAUGUGCCUGUUAAAGGAGCUGUUGGAGCAGAUCUGUGGGCUAAUACAGGUGGAGUUGUGGCCUACAGAUCUGAUAAACAUCUAGAACAUUUUAUGGAUUUAUUUGUUAAAAAACUUCCUUUGCAAAAUGAACCCUGUUGAAAUAAAAUAUAUUUCUCAUUUUUACAGUAUUGCUUGACUACGUAUUCUAUACUUCUUAUUACAUUUUUCAAAUAAGGGAAUAAAGAAAAGUCGGUAUCGUAUUUUAAGCUCCUAAAUUUACUAUAUUAAUCAAGCUUCUAUUUAGAUAUGCCUUUGCAAAAUUAGCUAUGAUGUAAAAAUGAGAAUAUGAUUUAUUAUUUCACUAUUACAUAACUUCAUAUUCCAUACUUACUAUGUAUUUCAGAAUUUUUAUUACUUGAUACAAAAAAUGGAACAUUGCAGAAAAAUAGUCAAAAAGUGCCCUAGUAUUUUCACUUGAUAAACUGUCUGUAUUGAUAAGGCCCCUGUUUAAAUCAAGGGUGCAGUUUUGAACUCUUUUGAACUUUUAUAGAGAUCAAAAUCCUGUUCAAAAAUAAUGCAGUUGCGUUAUGUGGUCUAUAAAGGUUAUUCAUAUAACAACAUCAGAUCAUAAGAAUCAAAAAAUGCCUCAUUAGACAUAGGCACCUCACUAAGAACACGGUUCAGUCUACUACAUAUAUGUGUAUAUUAUUUCAGACACAAGACUCAAAAUAUAUGAGAAUAUAUUUACUUUAUUACCCUUUUCUAUCUAAUAGUUGUUUUUGUUGUAUUGUUUUUAUUUAUAAUUACUAUAUAAAUCAAAUUAUAUGCAACAACAUAAUAUUCUGUGUAUAAGCAAAAGUUAGAAUAAAGUAAUAUUAAUGCUGAA